AUAAAAGAGUGUGUUACCAAGCUACCUUUGCCCCAGGAGCGCAUAAGAUCUUUGCUUUAUCAGGGCAAAAGCCAUUUGGAUUUCACAUCAGAGAUAUUGGUUUGUUUGCUGUACCUGCUCGCUCACUUAGGUUCCGUCUUCGUCCGGGGCAUCGUCAUGGCUAGUAAAUCGGUAUGCUGUAAAUUCACCAGUUUGGAGGUUGUGCUGAUAGUUUUGUUCUUGUUGAUGACUGGAAUCACAGUGGGACUGAUGACCCUUUUAGGUCUUCACCUGAACUCCCAAGAGCAUAAAAUCGGUGAGCCCAAUGCGUCGGGAAAACCUGAAGAAAACCACUAUCUGAUCGGUGUGGGUCGAGCAGACUGUACCGGACCAAUCGCGGACGUGCCUCUGAUGGGCUAUGCUAACCCUGACCAGACUGCAGGAGGAAUCCACACUCGCUUGUUCAGCAGGGCCUUCAUUGUGGAUGAUGGCAGAAAGAGAGUGGUGUUUGUGAGUGCUGACAUAGGCAUGGUUUCACAAAGACUGAGACUGGAGGUGCUCAAGGCGCUGGAGAAGAAAUAUGGAACUCUCUACAGGCAGGACAAUGUAGUUCUGAGUGGCACACACACACACUCUGGUCCAGCAGGGUAUUUCCAGUACACACUCUUUAUGAUCACCAGUAAAGGCUACAUCAAGUCAUCUAUCCAAGCUCUUGUGAAUGGAAUUGUUAAGAGCAUCGAGGAGGCACAUAAAUACAUGAGGCCUGGCAGGAUCUUUUUAAACAAAGGCAAUGUUUUGGACAGUAACCUUAACAGAAGUCCAUACUCGUACAUGAACAACCCUGAGGAGGAAAGAAAAAGCUAUAAAACCAAUACAGAUGACCAGAUUGUAAGCCUGAAGUUCACAGAUUUGGAUGGAGAUGGACUUGGAAUAUUCAGCUGGUUCGCCGUUCAUCCCGUCAGUAUGAAUUAUACCAAUCGCAUGGUGAGCUCAGACAACCUUGGCUAUGCCUCUUAUCUGUUUGAACAAGAAAAGAACAUUGGCUCCUUGCCUGGUAAGGGCCCAUUUGUUGCAGCGUUUCCCACCAGUAACAGUGGAGACGUGUCUCCCAACACUCGUGGACCACACUGUAUGAAUACUGGGGAGACGUGUGAUUAUCUUAACAGCUCCUGUCCUAUUGGUGGGACUAAAAUGUGUGCUGCUUUCGGACCAGGUAAUGACAUGUUUGAAAGCACCAGGAUUAUUGGAGAAAGUAUUUACACAAAAGCUAAGGAACUUUACGGCAGCGCUCAGAAGGAGGUACAUGGCAGUAUCCAUACUGCACAUCAGUGGGUCAACAUGACAGACGUAACUGUACAGCUUGACUCCACCCACAGUGCCAAGACAUGCAAGCCUGCACUUGGCCACAGCUUUGCUGCAGGAACAAUAGAUGGAGGAGGAGACCUUAACUUCACACAAGGGGCAAUUGAAGGAGAUCCAUUUUGGGACGGUAUUAGAGACACCCUCUUGGGUAAACCUUCUCAAGAAAUUCAGGACUGCCAAAACCCCAAACCCAUUCUCUUUAGCACUGGAGAAAUGAACUGGCCACUCCCAUGGCAUCCAGAGAUAGUAGAUGUACAGGUCAUCACUAUUGGACCAGUGGCCAUAGUGGCAGUCCCAGGAGAAGUGAGCACUAUGUCAGGAAGAAGGGUCAGACAGGCGGUCAAACAGGAACUGGAGACGAGCGAUGCUUUUACCAACACUGAAGUGAUCAUUACUGGCCUCUGUAACAUCUACACACACUACAUUACUACCUAUGAAGAGUACCAGGUGCAGCGGUACGAAGGAGCUUCCACCAUCUACGGACCUCACACUCUAUCAGCCUACAUUCAGCACUUUAGAGGCCUGGCCAAAGCCAUUGCAGAGGGUAAGACUGGAGAAUUACCGAAAGGUCCCGAGCCUCCUUUCUUCAAAGAAAGUCAGCUGAUCUCACUGAUACCAGCUGUGCCUGCAGAUAAAACACCAACAAACACUACCUUCGGUGAGGUCCUGGAGCAGGUCAAUCCUCUUUAUAAAGUGGGAGAAGUCGCAUAUGUCACUUUUGUCGCUGGAAACCCCAGAAACUCUGGAGACAUGAGAGACAAGACCUUCAUCACAGUGGAGAGGUUUCUGACGAGUAGCAGCACAUGGGAGGUUGUUCAUACAGAUGCAUCAUGGGAGACGAGAUUUCACUGGAUUAAAGGGACGGGUGGUCAGAGCAACGCGACAGUGGAGUGGCAUAUCCCUCUCUCAGCCGAGACCGGCACCUACAGGAUUCGUCACUUUGGACACUCCAAAAAGUUUGGUUUUCCCAGUGCUGUGAUCACGCCAUAUGAAGGCACUUCAGAUACGUUCAGGGUCACCAAAACACUCUAUUCCUUUUAAAUGUUAUAACCAAUAAGCUAAAUGUAGUGUUGUAAUGAUGACGUAUAUGGUGUAAUAAUGAUGUAAUAAACGCUUUGUGGUUAUUGGAAAAAAAAACCUGGAAAAACGUUGCAUUCGUUUCAAAAACAACGCAUAAACUGCCUCAGAAUUGAACAGAAUUUAUUGAUAGCCAGUCGACACAUCUAGAAUUGUCCCAUCUAUCCCUCUCAUUCGCAGCAUAAUGAUGUACUGAAUUUGGAAAUCCUCCCCGUCACCCUUUUCUGAUUGAACCCCCUAGCUUUUACGGCGGUCAUUGAGACGGAUGAUUAAUCGCAAUAUCCUAACAUGACGUCUUACAAAUAGCGCUGGAAUUCAUGUAUAAAAAUAAGUUCUAAGUGCUUAACACACUUUAAUACUGUUACUGUUUACACAUCUGACAAAAUGUCACACUCUUUAUUCGACAAAACGAUGAGGUGGGAUAUUCAAAGGGUUUUAGUAGGUAGCAAGCUUGGAAAUAUUAUAGCACAGAGAAAAAAAUAUUAUAAAGCUAAAAAACAAAACAAAAAAAAACCUUAAAAAUAGAAAAAAAACACGUAUAGGUUUUUUUUUGUUAUAUUAAACAUUCCUGAUAUAUUUUUUAUUAAAGUAAAUACUGACUCACUUGCACAACUAACUCAAAGCUGUAUGGCUGUAUGACAUCAGUGUGUAUGUGUGUGUGUGUGUGUGUGUGUGUGUGUGUGUGUUAUGUGGUGUUACAGUAUUAUAA